CCCAUCUUAGACCUCGAUCAUUUCAUAGGUGACAACCUCAUUUACGUCUCACCAUUUUCUUUUUGCCGUUCAUCUCGAACUGUCUUCCUCAUCUCGCGCUUGCGAUCAAACCCCCCACCCGCCUCUCGAAAUUUCCUUCUGAGACUGCACAGCUCAUCUGCAAUCUUGACGCGACUUGCUCUCUCGAUCUCCUGCGUAUUUCCUCAAUCUACACCCAGUAUGCCUGACGAAUACGAUGUCAAGGAUGAGCAUAGAGAAACUCAAGACGAUGGCGGUGAAGAAGAAGAAGAAGAGAUCGCGGCGAUGAAGCGACGAGUUGCCGAGAUGGAAUCAGAAGCGGCGAAGUUGCGAGAGAUGCAGAGCCAACUUGAGUCACAGUCCGAAAGCGGCCCUCGCGAAGAUCGAGAAGACGUCGAUGCGCGGAGCAUCUUCGUAGGCAACGUCGACUACAGCGCUACACCUGAAGAGAUCCAGGCACACUUUGCAAGUGGACCGGGAACGAUAAACCGGGUGACGAUACUGUUGGACAAAUUCACCGGUCAUCCUAAGGGGUAUGCAUAUGUGGAAUUCUCAGAAGCGGCAUUGGUGUCGCAGGCAUUGGUCUUGAACGAGAGCGUCUUCCGUGGUCGCAACCUCAAGGUCGUGCCAAAACGUACAAACCUGCCUGGUAUGGGUCGCGGUCGUGGGAGAGGUGGUGCUCCGCGUGGAGGCGGUCGUGGAGGCUUCGGAGGUCGCGGCGGCUUUGGUGGCGGUGGUGGCUACGGAGGUCCAAGAGGCGGUCCACGAGGUGGUUUCCGAGGUCGUGGGCGAGGCUAUGCUCCUUAUUGAGGGCAGAUGAAACGACACCAACCGGUUGAUACCAUCUUUCGUGGGCACGCGACAGCAAUGGGCUUGAUAGAUUCGCCGCGCAGGGAGAGCGUUUGAGACAGACAUGCCUCGAGACAGUUGUCUCGAUGACCAGACAGGCUACGACACUCUUGGGUGACGUUACUGCUUGUUUCGAUCACAGGGAAGGCUUCCGAUCUUGCCAUUAGGAUCACAAGAAUCUGAUGGAACUGGGUGGCAUUCAAGGCAUUGAAAAAAUGGGCGACACAGAACAAAAUUAUGGCCACUGUGCGAAUCUACGACAUUAAUAAUGUUUAGGAAGACACAGUCCCCC